ACGUUAUGUCUAGAAUGAUUUUAGAACAUGAUAAUGGAAUUUCUGACCUUAUAUGGGACAGAUAUGAUUAAUAAGAUUGUCCAGUUGUCAAUAAAACUGCCUCAGCUUCAUGAUUUGAUAUAAAUCUACAAGAUAAGAGAUCAGCCUUCAGACACAUCAUUGUUUUAAUAAUGUUUUUUUUUUACAUCACUUGAUUUGAUAAAAAUGAAUCAUUCAAAGAUUCGGCUUACUGGCGUGUACUAGUGUGUAUUUAUUUGUUAAGAUAAUAUUUUAAGAUAUUUCAUUGUAGGAACGUGAAUGAACGCUACAGUUCAAGGUAGCAAUGGUUGGUCUAAUUUGAGUCUUGUUUUAAAGGUGUUAGAAUAUUUUUCUGGAUGAAGUGAUUCAUUGUGAGAAACUACAGUUCAAGGUAGCAAUGGUUGGUCUAAUUUGAGUCUUGUUUUAAAGGUGUUAGAAUUGGUUUUUGGAUGAAGCAAUUCUUAGUGAGUGGGAUACACAUGUGAUUAUUAUGGAGAAAGGAAGAAGAGCUCAAUACCUUGUAACCGCGGCUGUAUCCCUGGCUGCUAUCGUAGCUGGAGCCACACAGGCUUGGAGUACACCCGUCAUACCGAAGUUCCACAACAAUGAAACUAACAUCGCCAUAACAGACAAUGAGAUAUCAUGGAUGGCCGCUAUAGCGUCUCCAGGGUACAUGUCUGGGAGUAUGGCCACCAGGUUUAUCUCAGACAAGUUCGGGAGACGAACAGUUGUUCUGGGCAGCGCACUGCCGAUACUCAUCGGAACUACAGUCCUUCUAACGACUGCAUCAGCACCAUGUCUUUACGUGACGCGCUACCUAUGGGGCUUCGGUAAUGGCAUGUAUGGAACAGUGUCAGCGAUGUACCUAGCUGAAAUAGCAGAUAAAGAAAUAAGAGGAAAGUUAACUGCAUCCAUCCGCUUUACAUUAAGUUUUGGUAGCUUCAUCAUCAUGUCGGUUGGGCCGUUCAUGUCUUUCAACGCCAUCAGCUACAUAUUCCUAGUCUUACCAAUUUGCUACUUUGUGGCCUGUAGCUUCAUCCCAGAGACUCCAUACUUCUACUUGAAGGAAGGAAAAGUGAAUGCAGCACGAGCUUCUUUGAAGAGAUUGAGUGGAGAUAGAGAUGAAAAGGUUAUAGAGGACCGGUUAUCAGCGAUGAGGCUGGACGUCCAAAAAGAGAUGCAUCGCUCUGGUUCUGCUAAAGAGAUGUUUACUGGGAAGAGAUAUCGUAAAGCCCUGAUUAUUGCAUCUGGUUUGAAAGCGACUCAAAUAAUGGCUGGACCGAUAGCCAUACAACAGUACUUCGGUCGCAUCGUUCAAGAAAGUAAGACUAAUGUAAACAUAUCCAUCGUGUUGAUAACAUUCGGAGCAGUUAAAUUUAUUGUCGGAAUAAUAUCAUCAAUGAUAGUGGACAAAGUCGGGCGUCGUCCUUUACUCAUCUACUCUUACCUAGGCUCUGGUAUAGCACUCGGUGUAGUUGGAGCGUACUUCUUGAUACAACCAACCAGCUCCCCGUAUUACACCUAUAUUCCUUUCAUAGGCAUCAUUCUUUCUAGUGUAGUGUCCAUCCUCGGUUAUGAGCCUAUGGUUUUCGUCGUCUCCUCAGAAAUAUUCGCCCUUAACGUUAAAUCAGUAGCAAUGACCUACUUGAACAUUCUGGGAGGUCUUCUUAACUUCUUAUGUGUUAAAGGGUAUCAGCCAAUGAAGGAUGUAGCAGGGCUUACGGGAGUAUUUUGGUUUUAUGCCACCUUCGCUUUCAUCGGUGGUGCUUUCUCAUUUCUUAUGGUCCCAGAAACAAAUGGCAAGAGUUUGAGGGAAAUUCAGAUUCAGAUGCAAGGAGAUUUGUAUGACGAAUCUUAUGAUAAGCCUCAUAAUGUAGUUGUUGAUGAUGAAGCUGAGGGUACAGAGCUUAAAAAGUUGAAGCAAGAUGAUACAUGAGUGGAGAUAACGGUCGGUUCUCACCGAUAUGAGGUAUCUCUCGAUAUAGUGAAAUUUUAUGUAAAAUAGGUAGUCCAAGAUAGUCAAUGAACAACAAUACAAAGAUCUUAUAAACCUUGACCACAGGUUAUGUAAAGAUGUAAUAGUAAUGUAAUUUAUCAAAGGCAUUUAUACAAAUGUGAUAUAUAUUAUUUAUAAACGUUUUUCUAAGA